AUGGAACGUCGUCGUUCCGUCUCCUCCAACUACAAGUGCUUCCAGAACUACUACAACGCUCUCAAGUAUCUCCAGCCGAAACCAACUUAUAUUUCGAACGUCCGUUCAUCGGUUAACCACUGGCAGCUCAGGGACUUGGUGCAGGUUGAUGCUUACACGGGGAGUAUCUAUCACACGCUAGACGACUCGAUCAGAGCGUUGCUGGUAUUCCCCUUGUAUGAAGAAACCCUCAAGUCCCACGACUACUUGAACCUACCGUACUUUCCCAGAUGCUUUAAUCACAGCGCGGGUGGUCACAUUGUCACAGGUGGCGUGGUUACCUCCCUGUCCAAGGUGUUCUCCAUGGACAUCCCAGACUUGACCAAAUCCAUUCCAGGCUCCUCCCACAGGCUGCCCAAGGGCUUAUUCUCCUUCUAUUCUCCAUACACCGAGGGAGAUCUCACGUUUAAGUUAGGUGAGAUGAUAAAUAAUGCCGUCACGGUUUACCCAGACUACCCGGGUGGAGACUCUCAUUUCACAUCCUACGUAUGCAACAACGACUCCAAUUUGUACGUGUUGGAUAUUGCAAACAGCAGAAUUAGCGCAGACCGGAAGUUAGUUUGCGAGAACAAUACUUCACUUAAUAAUGUCCACCAGCUGCCUGACGGAAGACUCCUAACAGCCACAGGAGACUCCAGCUCCAUCUUUUUACUCGAUCCAAAGUCGCCGAAGCCGCAAGUCGAGGUCAUCAGAACUGCGUACGACUCCGGUUUCGGUAUUUCGUACCAUAAUAAUGAAAACACAUUGGCAGUGGCAUUCCAGGAAGGUGCAUGCUUGCUCUUUGACCUAAGGAAAGCCACGGAAGAGCCGCUUUAUGAGGUCAAAUCCACAAGACCAGGCCAUCAAUCUGGCGCCUUCCGCUGCUGUAAGUUUUUACACACAGCGAUUCAAGAUUUGCUUGUCAUUUCAGAGCAUGUUGGAAGAGUUCAUUUAGUGGAUCUUCGUGACCUCGACCAGGACAACCAACAGGUGCUUGUAUUCCCCUUUGCAUUAGACCAGUAUGGUCGCCACAAACACGAGAGGUUCAGUGUGCGUGACAAGCUCAUGAACUCCCAAAGAAAGCACAGCUUCGCCAGUGCUGAUGAUGAUAUGAAUGAAAAGAAUGUGGAUAAGCACAAGAGAUUUGACAUUUUUGACGAGUCACAGUCCCACUUUUCUGCACCUUUGGUCUAUGACUACAACUAUCUCGCGGAAGAGAAUCCCAAGUUGUUUAAGGAUUACGUCUAUCAGCCACAGCCAAUGCCCGUCUGCAACGAGGAUGACGGCACCUUAGCACCUCCGGAGCUCAACCAUCCACAGUGGAAUUCCACGCCUAGUUCCAUCAACAACGAUUGCGUCUCUAAUCAGGAAGAACCUCAGCCUCGCCACCUGAAUCUGGUUUCUGUGGAUCCCCACGAUGUCAGACAACGUUUGGACUUGGAGGCAGGGCAAGGUAUGUCGCACGAUAAUAAUAUGGCAGACUCCUCGCCUCCUCAGCAGCGUUAUUCUUGUCAUGACUCCUACCAACAAUCAGUGAAUCAUAUUCACGGUGAAAUGGAGUUGUCCGGCUUGGACUGGCUCGAGAACCAGUUGUAUAUUGGUUGCGAGGAUGGAGGCAUUGUCACCUGGGACAUUAAUGUGCGUGCUCGCCGUAGUAUCGGCAGCUUCUCUUAUGUUUGA